AUGACCUAUAUGUGUAGUUCCUUGUAUGUAAAUGAUUGAAGCGCAUAAUGAAUCUGGUAGAUAAAAAUAUCGUCGAUUACGCUGCCCGCAUCAUACAGUAGCGAAGAGCCAGCCAGAGUAGUAAUAGUAGAUAGUACUUAAAUUGUCUAGGGGGAGUUAUUGUUCGUGAGUCGCGUUAGCUACGUAUCAAAAUGUCUUUUAAGUUAUGUUUGGUGGUGUUGGUAGCAUUUGUUGCUUUCCAGUUUCUGACCUUCAGCGAGGCUGUAAUUGUCCGUAGAGAUGCUCCAGCUGCAGAGAAGAACGCCAGUCAGACGAUUGAUGAGGCCCUCCAAUCCUUCAAAAGUGGCAUCGAUGACUUGGUGAAGAAUGUACAGUCGAACGAGCUGUUCCAAAACCUCACCCAAACGUUGAAGCAAUUCACCGACACUGUGCAACACCAGGGUGAGGAGCUUGUUAAGAAGUUCAAGGAUCAAAACCAGAAACCCGCCAACUGAAUGCAUAGAAGCAUCUUCAGCGAACGUUAUUUAUAAUUUUUAGUUUAAUUUGAUGUCAUUGCGUUUUUGAUAAUAAAUGUUUCCUCAACUCUAACGUUUAUUUAGAUUACAAUUUCAUGCAUAGCGUUACUUGGGGAAAUCAGUGGAGCUACGCUAUAGCUUAUUCCUUCAUUAUCAAAUAUGACAAUGGAUUGGCCCAUAAUACCUAUCAUAACCAUUCCCUGAAGAAACACCCAAGCUGUAAGAUCUCACAAACCAAACUUGAAAAUAUUGUGCAGACCUGGCAAGUUCUUAGAAACUAUUCGCAUUGAAUAUAGUGUGUCACCGUAGCCGGUUGCACGUAUAAAAAAUUGCAUCAAGAAGGUUAACUCUGCCCUUCCCAUGCAACGCUGUCAGUUUUCAAAGUAUUGCGUUGUAAUUAAUUGGAUUUGGG